AUGCUGGCCAUGGAGCCGUUUAAAAGUCGCAUGUCUGUCGUUUGGGUGGCUUCGAUACUGUUCCAGAUACACAGCUCAAUGGGCGCUGCGAUACCGUCUUCCGAGGCUCGACUCAAAGUUUUUAACGAAAAACGAGCCGGAGACCAAGCACGAGGAAUGGGCAUCGCAGAUGUGGUCAUCGUCGGCCUGCUGCUCGUCCUAAUACCGCUGACCAUUGCGCUUAUACUUCGAUGGAGGGCUGGAAGGCUCGCGCGUGAUCGUUCCCCUCCAAAGGAGCUCGAAAGCAACGAUUGCACGCAAAUUUUGGACCCAUAUUCAUCUUCGGACGACGGAUCAGUCGAUUUAGAGCCCCAACAACGGGCGUCAUGGGCGUUGUUUAUCGGCUCUAAAGAUGAGAAUGCACUGUCGCGGUCAAAUACAGCGACGACGCGGCAGUUGUAUGUCUCCAAUCAGGCGCGGCGGGCCCAGCAAAAGGCUAUUGAGCUGGAGAGACAGCGCGAAUCGGUGGAUACCGGGAGUAAAGCCAGCACUGGUGCGCGAGUUUCAACUGCAUCUUCGAGAACGGCAGCUACGCUUGUGGACGGAAGCCGCCCAAGUUCAGUUAUGUGGACGAAAGAGGGUGCUCCGCCUGUUCCACCGGUGGCAUUGAGACUCUGA